AUGGCGACUGCCACGGUGAAAUUACCCACUCAGAAGCUCAUGGGUUGCUUGACUUGCCCUCUUUGCGAUAACUUGUUCACUCAUGCUACCACCAUAUCUGAAUGCCUCCACACAUUUUGCAGGGAUUGUAUAUAUGAGAAGAUAACUGAAGAGGAAUCAGAGGGUUGUCCUGUCUGCAACACAAAUUUAGGGGGUGUGCCUUUGGAGAAACUCAAGGCAGACCAUACAAUGGAUGAUUUGAGGGAAAAGAUAUUCCCUUGUAAACGAAGGAAGGAGAAGGAACCUGAGAAAUCACACUCCUCAGUUUCAUUGCCUACCAAAAGAAAAGACAGAUCACUCUCUUCUUAUAUGGCUUCUGAACCAAAAUCUACAGCACAAGAGAACCUCGCCGAACAACAAUGUGUUUCCUCCAUGAUUGCUCACAGAAAACUCAUCUUUGAUCAAAAUAAGCAUAACAGUGGCCAAGUAAUAGAAAGGAAAACUGAUGAUUUGAAUAAAAAAGAAGAAGCAACUGUAACAUGCUCAAAUGAUUGUAAUAAACAAGAUACUGUUGCUAAGGCAGAGACAAUCCAGAUCGAUGAUGCCUAUUGCAAUGUUCAAGAACAUGGUCAAAAGCCAAUGAUGGAAAGAGUUGACAGUGGAUCAUCUGGAACUUCAGGUUCUAUUGAACAUGGAAAAUUGCAGGAUGAUCCUAUAGGUGACAUUGAUGCAGAUAGACGAUGCAAUAUGUUAUCAAAUCCUAUAUGGUUUGCACUAGUUGCUUCUGAUCACCAGGAAGGAAAUGAGCCUUUGCCUCAGAUCUCCUCAAACUACUUGAGGGUCAGCGAUGACCGUAUGCCCGUGUCAUUUAUCCAGAAAUAUCUUGUGAAGAAACUGGGCCUUGCUAGUGAGAUUGAGGUGGAAAUCUCAUUCAAGGGUCAGCCAGUGAGCUCCACAUUGCAUCUACAUGACAUCGUAGAACUGUGGCGACAGACAACCACAAAAGUAGAACUAAUACAGGUAUCUGUGGGCAGCUCGGCCAAGGAUUUUGUGAUGGUUCUAUCUUAUGGUCGGAAGUGUUGUCAACCUGGAAAAUUCCCAAAUAUUUGUGCUCACUUAAACAACGAUGUUCAAUAAGAGAUCAAAUAGACACAUGCUUUAUGCAUCAUCUCACAAGUUUCCCACUUACACUACAGACCUCAAUUUAGAGGGUCGACUUCUUUCUUCUUCAAUAAAAUGAGAUAACAUGGUCAACUAAUCCAAACAAACAGAAUCGAGCAUACAAUACGAGGAAAACUCACAUUUGGGUCUCAUGAUAUCCUUCCAACUCUAUCUUCCUUAAAUGUUAAACAUGCUCCUUGGUAGAAAAAAGGAAACUUAAGGGAAAAUUUUCAGGUGAUCGAAACCCAAAAGAAAUGAAAUGCAAUGAUUUGUUAGCUCACCAAUCCAUUUUAGUCACAAAGUUAGUUUCUGCAAACUCAAAGGGAAAGAUAUAACAAUGAGAAUCAUCCCAAGAGACUAAUUUCAAUUCAAUAACAAUUAAGAGCGUAAGAUUCUGAGCAUAAUGGACAUGAAUACUUUUCUGCAAUUCAUUGUGUUCUGCAAUGUACAUUUCAUCUAAAAAUACCAGUAUAUAAACCAGCAAACUAUGAAACACAUUUCAUCUAAAAAUACCAGUAUAUAAACCAGCAAACUAUGAAACUUCUAUAACUAAACCAAUUGAAAAGAAAAACAGAACU